CAGGAACGCGCCGCCAGUGGGACUAAACUACAGAAGAAGAAGAAAGUCACAUACUUUUCCGGUCUCCACCGGAUGUUUUGGACUUCAGGAGGGAGGACCGGUCAAAAUGGAGAACACAUAUAGAAUGACAGACAAAGACAUCCGGCAGAUGAUACAGCUACGUGCCACCAACGCCGACAUCUUCACCGGACGGAAGAACUCUGCGCUGAGAGGAUGGAGGGCCAUCAGGAAGGAGAUGGGCAUCCAGCGAGUGAUGACCGCUCAGCAGCUGAAGAAGAAGUGGGUCAACCUGAAACACAAGUACAGGUUGCUGAAGAACCCUCCAGUUGGCAUGCAGAUGUCGACUAGCUCAUGGCGCUGGUUCCAGCUGAUGGACGAGGCCAUGACCGGCCGCCUGGCUGGGACCGCCACCGUCCUACGUCCGUCCCCGUCGAGCGACGACGAGGAGGACAACUUCGCUGCCACGCCGCCGCCUAUGCUCCUUCUUCCCAAAACAGAAGCGUCUUUUUCUGAACUGCCCGACGUUCAGUCAGGGAUUCUGGAGGACAUGGGGACGCUGCGGGGCGGCAUGCAGAUCAGCAGGAUCGAAGCGAGCGGGAGCGUCGUGGCCGAGAGCAGAACCGGGUCGCCUGCUGAGGGCGUGGCGGCCGGACAGGACACUGAUCACUUGAGAAGGAUCGAUUGUGAGCCGGCUGUGAUAGAGAGCCCACCUGCCGUCAACAAGAGCCAGACUGCCAGGCAGUUUGGCACCUUAUUGCCCGAGCAAACGCCGUCAUCCUUUGGACGCGGCGCUGGGAAGGACAACGAGGCCGCUUGUCGGCUGGAGGAGCUCCACACAGAGUGGCGAGCUCUGGAGAGAGAGCAGGCCGAGUUCGACAGAGAGCUGAUCGAUUUGGAGCGAGACAGGGAGGCGCUGGACAGAGACACGGCCGCUCUAGAGAGAGACAGAGUGGCCAUAGAGAGAGACAGGGGAGCCGUGGAGAGAGACCGAGUGGCUCUGGAUCGAGACCGAGUUGUUCUGGAUCGAGACCGAGCGUUCCUGGACAGAGACCGAGCGUUCCUGGAGAGAGACCGAGUGUUCCUGGAGAGAUCCAGAGAGGACUUGGAAAGAGAGAGAGCGCUGCUGAGGAGAGAGAGGGCCGUCCUGCAGAGGGAGGGGCCAGCCGUGGACGGAGAUCAGGCUGAAGUGACCACAGAGAAGGAAGUGGUGCUGCAAACUAGGUUCUUCCAGAGGCUGAUGGCUGCGGACCUGGACCCGGACCAGCUGGAGACAAGACAGAGACUGGUGGGUUUGUUCCAGAGGCUUGUUGAGAAGCUGUGAGUGUCGUGUGAUGAAAACCACGUUUGGACUUCUCACAACUAUUUCAUGUUCCGUUUGGUGUCAAUAAAGACUCAAUAUUCCUCUUCUUUACAUUACAUUUUUUACAUGACAUGUCAUUUAGCAGACACUUUCAUCCAAAGCGAUUUACAAUAAGUGCAUUCAACCAUAGGGGUACAAACUCAGAAGAACAAGGAACAAGAAAGUGCAAUUUUCUCAAAUAAGCCACAAUUUAAGCGCUACAAUUUGUUCGUCUUUUAGUCAAGGUAGAGUCUGAAGAUGUGAAGGCUCUCUGUGGUCCUGGUGUCUUCAGAGAGCUCGUUCCAUCAUUUCGGAGCAAGGACAGCAAAGAGUGGUGAUCUAGUCGAGUGUUUUGCUCCCAGUGAGGGAGGGAUGAGCAGUUUUGCAGAUGCAGAGCGAGAGUGUGGGUUGGGAUGUAGGGUUUGACCAUGUCCUGGAUGUAAGCUGGACCCGAUCCAUUCACACCAUGGUACGUGAGCACCAAUGUUUUGAACUGCUUUAGUGACCAAACUUCAAUUUUAGACCUUUCAUCUUAACUCUGUGUUGUUCCGGUGUUUAUGACAUGGAAUAAUGAUGAAGAGAAACAGGGAGAAAUAUUCAAAAGCAACAAACUGACAUCUCACUGUGGUCCUUACUCUCCUCUCCCUCAUUUACUAAAUUAUGAAUCAAUCACUUUAUAUAUUUAUAUUUUUAAUGCACAAGGCCAUGACCGGCUGUUGUUCUGGUGUUUAUGACAUUAUUCAAUAAAGUGCCAAAAUAAUUAAUGUACACAAUGAAAGAAAGUAAACGAGUGGCAAGCAAAUAAAUUCCUAGACUUUUAAAAA